AUGGAUGUUGAUGUUGAAGUUCUAAGUGACUUGAUCCAAAGAAUGGAAGAUGGAGAGAGAGUAAAGCCUGAAACUGAUGAAGAGUCCUUGUGCUUUCAGCUUAUCAAAGACUUGGAUCAUGUCUCAGGAAGAGUUCAAGGCUCAACCACCACCAAAAAAUAUAUGUGCAAUGAAAUCUGGUCUCUCAUCUCAUUCAUUGGAGCUCCAUCUUGGUUCAUCACAUUCUCUCCAGCUGAUAACAUGCACCCUAUAUCAUUGUACUUUGCUGACACUAAGGAAAAGUUUAGUCCAUUGUUAAGAGAAUAUGAUGAAAGAUACAAAUUAAUUGCAAAUAAUCCUGUAGCUGGUGCUAGAUUUUUUCACUUCAUAACUGAGAUGUACAUCAAGCAUGUUCUUGGUGUGGGUGAAAAACAUAGAGGACUGUAUGGAGAUACAGAGGCAUUUUAUGCAACAGUGGAACAAUAG